UCGAGGCUUCGGCGGGAGUAGGCCGCGACCCGGCCCCUCUUGAGCGGGCUCCGUCGUGUCUCUCUGCCGAGUUUGAUUGGAGCAUGGAGCCCGUCUCCCCACCAGAACGAGGGUUUCCUGCAGAAAAAAGGUCAUCUGUGCCGCAGAAAAAAUACCGUGUCCUGGUGGGUGUGACUGGAAGUGUGGCUGCCCUGAAGCUGCCUCUGCUCAUUGCCGAAUUGCUGAAAAUCACUGGGGUCGAAGUGAAAGUGGUCACUACUGAGAGAGCAAAGCAUUUCUACAAUGCCCAGGAGAUUCCUGUCACCCUCUACAGUGAUGAAGAUGAGUGGCAGCUGUGGAAAGGUCGUUCAGACCCAGUCCUGCACAUUGAGCUCAGACGGUGGGCUGACCUUAUGGUGGUGGCACCUCUUGAUGCAAACACGCUGGCAAAGCUUGCGAAUGGCAUCUGUGACAACCUGCUGACUUGUGUCAUCCGUGCUUGGGAUCUGAGCAAACCUCUGCUCUUCUGCCCAGCUAUGAACACAGCCAUGUGGGAACAUCCCAUCACAGCUCAGCAGGUGGAGCAGCUGAAAGGCUUUGGCUAUACAGAGAUCCCCUGUGUGGUGAAGAAACUAGUGUGUGGAGAUGAAGGUCGAGGUGCCAUGGCAGAAGUGUGGACCAUUGUGGAGAGCGUGAAAAGGAUCCUUGAAGAACGGGACUUGUCAACGCAGAGCUGAUGGUUUGGCAUGUAAAUUGUAUUUGUGUGCCUCCAUGAUGAUUUGAAGAUAAAACCAACAGGAAGCUGAGUCAAGAUGGCAUGUGUACCUAUAGUGUGCUCUUCAACCGAAAGAGUCAAACGGUUGUCUUCCAGCUGGUGCCAAACUGAAAUGUGGUACAUCACUGCAGACUUUCAGAAACCAAAGCCAAGAACAUGCUGCUUUAGUGUGGGAAAACCCUGUGGUAUCUCACAGAGAGGGAGUAACGUUCCCCUAGGCCACUCGGCCCCCAGUAUUUCACAUGUACUCCUUUCCGAGGAGGCUGCAGAAGGAUUUGCCAAUGUAUUUCAGGUCCAGUGGUUCCUCCAAGAGCUGCCAGAGAGGAAAGUGCUGUGCAAAUCCUGGUGAUGGGGAUAAUGCCAGCCCCUUCCAGCAUGACAGUGUGGGGACAUCCCUGCUCUCCAAAGCCUGGUCCGUAGCUGUGCUGGCUUCACCUUUCCAGCAGGAGUCACUGUCCAAAAAGUAUUUGCCCUCCAGAAAAUUAAUAAAAGAGAGCUUUUAAU